CACACCCCUGGAAGACGUUUUAUCCCCACAAAAUUCUGUCUUUAUAGUUUUAUAAUUUUUAGAAAAAGCUUAGAUAUGAGGUAAAAUUACUAGCCAUAGUUCCUGACAAGGGAAGAGGAGUAUCCUCCCGUCCGCUCAUCCUGAAUUCCCGUUUGGUUUGUCAGGGGCCUCUUCACAAAAAUCUGUUUUUAAAAAAUUGGACGAAAAUACUUCAAGUGGCAUCAUUGGGUAGUGUGAUUAGGGAUGAUUAUUUUUAAAAUCUCUUUAUCUAAAUAUUAGCAUUUAUUUUUACACUAAAAAAAGGGGGAGUCGUUUAUUGGCAAAGGGGGGAGGGGCUAGAAAGCAGGCAUAUUGCAUUCCACGUAGCAGUUUUAAUAAGUGCUGUCUGUGAUGUUUGACAAGCCUGCUUUAUACCCAUCUACAAGGUUUUCGAACCCAUGUUGCCGAUUCUUUUCUGCUACAGAACAACUCCCUUGGUACAACCAAAAAGACCAGUGUUUACUUUUCAUUGAAAGCAGAACUUGAAAAGGAGGCUGGAAAGAAGCAGUUGAGAAAGUGAGAAUAAAACCAAGAGUGUGUGUAAUCCUGGAAGCCAAUUGAGGAUGGAGCCCAGUUGGUAUACCAGCAGUUGAAGAACUUAAAGAGGGUGUCUAACUGUAAUCUCCUUAGCAACUGAGAGUCUGCUCUGGGAACCAUUAGGCACCAUGGGAAAGCGGGAUAAUAGGGUAGCCUAUAUGAAUCCUAUAGCGAUGGCCAGAUGGAGGGGCCCAAGUCAGUCUGCAGGCCCAACAAUACAAGAUUAUCUCAAUCGACCAAGGCCCACAUGGGAAGAAGUGAAGAAACAAUUAGAAAAUAAAAAGAAAGGCUCUAAGGCUUUAGCUGAAUUUGAAGAAAAAAUGAACGAGAAUUGGAAGAAAGAACUAGAAAAAAGCAGAGAGAAAGUCUUAAGUGGAAAUGAAAGUUCAUCCAAAAAAAGAGAAAGAAAGAAAAAGAAAAAGAAGAAAUCUUGUCGGUCUUCGUCUUCAUCAAGCUCUGAUUCUUCAAGCAGCUCUUCAGAUUCUGAAAAUGAAGAAAAGAAACAAGUAAAAAAGAGAAAGAAAAAGAAGAGCCAUUCACACAAGUCAUCAGAAAGCUCUACAUAUGAAUCUGAAUCAGAGAGCAAGGAAUCUGGGAAAAAGAAAAAGAAGUCAAAGGACGAAACAGAGAAAGAAAAAUAUAUUAGAAGUGUCAGCAAAAAAAGAAAGAAGAUUUAUCCUGAAGAUAAGCCUUUAUCAUCGGAGUCCUCAUCAGAAUCAGAUUAUGAAGAAGAAUUUCAAGCCAAAAAGAAGAGAAGAUGUGAAGAACGAGAAAAAGCAGUGGAAAAAGCAAAGAAGAAGAAGAAGAAGCAGCACAAAAAACACAGUAAGAAGAAGAAAAAGAAGUCGAAUUAAGUCACAAGUCAGGAUAACAUCAAGAAAAAAGGCAAAAUUUCCCUAUUUAAAAAAAAGCAAGAUCUAAAGUGAACUUCAACUGUGAAUGUUAGGGCACAUUUACCAAAAUGCAUGAGUUUCCCUGUGUUAAUAGAAUUAUUAUUGGACUUUGAGUUGCCAGUCAAAUGCCACUGUGCCAAAAAGGGCCAUAAUUGUUGCCUG